GAACCCCCCCCCCCCCCACAUGAACGACUAUGGCUCGUCGAGAAAAAGAUACUCGUACGAUGGAAUCCCGCGCACACACACGCGCUCUCGCAAAAGUCACACGGGCUACUGUAAGUCUGCCGGCUGGUCAAUACGUGUUGACGUUCAUUUACACACUGCAAUGGUGCGGAUACGCACAAAGAAGAAAUUAGAUGAGAACACGUUUGUGGACGUAUGUGUUCACCUGCUCUGUAGGCGCAGGUGCUUAUGAAGCCUGCGCUGGCGACGUCGGAGCAGGAAUUGCCGCUAGUAGACCUGCACGGACAUAGCCAGCAUGCACACGCUCGUGAGCACCACAUGUUUGGGUGUGAUUCGUGUUCACCAGGCCUCAGGGGUGUUGUUGUUGUGGCAGGAGACUUCCAUGCGCUCGCAUUCGCUCCACCCGUGACUAGUGCACGCAGCGUCGCCCGACAAGCGGAUGGGGUUCCACUCGGCCCCGGGGCUCAGGUCCGUCACACACGCAAAUUUGUGGAUGUCGUCCUCAGUCUUCGGGGUUUUUUCCACCAUGCAGACGUAGAGGUCGUCAUCGCAUUCACUGUUUCCACUGUCGCACCUGUCGUCAUCGCAACUGCAUACAUGCACACAUCAAGAGAGAAAGCGACAGGUCAGUAAAGCAUCAAACAGCUCAACUCAGCUCAUCUUGCUGUUCUUCCCCACUCGUCUGAGCAACAAUCGUUGUUGAAGUUGCAUCGGUGUCCGUGGGGGGCAAGCGUAUCUGUUGGCCAACACCAUCCAUUGACACAGUUGUCGGAAUCGCAAUCACUGGUCGACGAGCAACUCUCUCCAAUUGCAGCGGACAACCUCCGAACAGCAGCAGUGGCAUUGCGCUGUGUGCACAGAUCAGAUGCAGAGUCAGUUUCAGAUGUAAACUCAGCUUCAGCCUCAGAGUUGAGUGCGCGUCGUACCUCGUUAGCGCCCCUCAGAUGAGGGCUCUCAGGGUGCUCAGGGUGCAUGGACACCUCCCCAGUCUGCACAGAGAAGAAGGACAGAUCAGACUGAUCAUCAGCACCGGCGCUGACUAGCCUCCAUCAUGAGCCUACAUCACGAGCGGGAGCACCCUGACCCACCACCACCAGGAAAAGUGCCGCGAAGACGACAAGCAGGCGAGCCAUGACGCGCACAGACGAGAAGGGCAACCGAAGAGGAAGCAACCUCUGACGGGAAGCAGUACUGGCGUUACCGGUUUGCCGCGAUCGAGGUAAAAUGCAUGAAACAUACACACGCUGGUUUGCCG